AUGUUUCAGUUGUAUACACUUUUUCAACAUGUAUACUGUCGAAGAGAAAUCAUUAAACUCGAAAAAAGAGUUCAACGUCUAGAAGAAAAGUUGAAUCAUGAGGUACUCCCAUUGAACCUACCUACCAAUAUUGACAGGGAGCGUCUAGAUUUUGAAAAAGAAAAAGACAAAAGAGCUAAUGAAAGAGAUGAAGAAAAGGACAAAAGAGAUAAUGGUUUUAGAGAAAAGGCCUUGAAUUAA